UGCUUUUAAAAAUUGUUAAAUUUCGUGAAAUUACAAGAUAUUUGUGAAUGCCACGUAUAAUUUUCUGCCACAUAUGUUAAGAAUUUGAGCAAGUACGGACGAAUAAAGUUGGUCUUACUGCUCCAGAAAAAACAAACAAAAAUAUCACCAAUACUGACAAAUAAAUUCAUCAGAAUUUGGUAACAAUCACCUUAUUAUAUUCUAUUAUUAGAGAAAUAUUAUUAACUAAUUAUGAUCAGAAUAUUGAUCAUUUGCUUACUAACUGCACUAGUCAAAAGCAGAAAUUGUCAAUUAGAUCAUAGAUCAUUAAAAAAAUUGAAAAGUUCUGUAGAUGAGACGAAGGAUUUUCUGAAUAAUGAUUUGGAUUCAAGAAGUGCAAUAGUUUUCUUUGGCAACGCAAAAUCUGGGAAAAGUACCCUGGUUAAUUACUUAAUCCCCAAUGAAUUGACUGCUGUAAGAGAUAAAUACGGUUCAUUAACAAUACAAAGAAAUGGCCCAAAUUCCACUGGACCGAUAAUUGGUACUAGUUCAACGUCAUAUACGAAAAUUCCAAAAAAGUGGUCUUCGAAAACUUUUACCGAAUUCUCUCUCUGGGAUCUUCCUGGUUUUGAGGAUAAUAGAGGAGUAUCACAAAAAGUUCUUAAUAGCUUUUAUAUUAAAGAAUUGCUGACAAAAGUUAAAAUUGCAAAAAUCGUUUUAGUUGUCGACCAUGAAACAUUCAAUGAACCCUACACACACUUUUUUAAUUUGAUAGAAUGGGUUAGCACUUUCUUUGGAGAUAAAUUUGAAAACAUUUUUGAAAGCAUAUCAGUAAUUUUAACAAAAGUACCUCAUUCAAGUAAUGAGGGUAAUGUCGAUUCUAGUUACACACAUCAGGUCAUGACUAAACUCCAGGGUAAUUUGAAAAAUAUGCCAGAUGGUCAAUCAAAGAGAUUUGUUGAGUAUUUAGUAAAAAACGAAAAUCGUAUUGGCCUGUUCAUGGCACCAAACAAGGAAGGUACUGUCGGUGAAGAAUGUGAUAUUAAUAUUAAGGAGGCAAUUAAUAAUUCCCAAAAUAUAUCGAACGGUAUUCUCGAUACUAUUAAAUUAAGCCUAGAUGCAGAAUCAAAAAGUUGCCUCCUUUCAUCUCUAAACCAGGUGCUGUUAACUCCAUAUUAUAUUUAUAUAAAUUAUUUGGGUAAGGAAAUUAAAAUGAUAACAACUGACAUCUUAAAUUAUUUAGAAACACUGGAGGGAAACGAAAAGAAAAAAUCAGAACUAAAAAGACAAUUGGCACUAAUGCAAUUGGCUUAUAAUGAACAGGAUUUUGCAAAGAAAUUUAAUUAUUUGAAAAAUAUUAGUGAUAUUAUAAAGCAGAAAAUUGAAAACUAUGAAUUGCAAACAGAUUAUAUUCUAAUAAUAUUUCUUGAUGGCAUAUUGAUAUCUCAUGGGAUAACUGAAGUAGAUGCGCUUAUAAAAAUUAUACUAAAUGGUUUACAUGCAUUCCUGGAGUCACACAGCAUGAAAUCUCUUGUACGGGACUCCGAAAAAGAAUUACAGAAUGUUAAAGAUGAAUUCAACCGAGUACAAAUCGAAGGUGAGAAAGAGAUAUCAAGGUUACAAACUGAACUAAUAAAUAUAUUAGAUGCAAAGAAAGAAGGUGGAAACAAUACUUUCAAGCAUAAAUUACUUGUCUUAGUGGGUGGUUUAUUAGGAGCUAUUGCUUUAAUCUUUUUCCUAAUUUUCUAACUUGUAAUUAAACAUAAUGCAACAUUUUUUCAACAACUCCUAUUGAACCACAUAAUAUUUUAUUUUAUUAUAUUAUUGCUUACUCAUGGAAUAAUUGUUUUCUCGAAAAACUUCCCAAUGAAAAAUGAUUAUCAUGGACUAAAUAAUGGGUCAAAUAUUCUCUGCCAACAUGUUUUUUCAAUGUCAAUUAUUGGCAGCCAAUAUUGGAUAAUUAUUGUCUGAAAACAUGUUUUUUUUCUUAAAAUCAACUCAUUUUUUUUUUUUUUUUUUUUUGCUUUAAUUGAAAG